CUUGGAUCUCUGACCCCGUUUCCUUUCCCCCGCGUGAUGAAGCUGCUUGUGUGCCUCGUUGGCGCCCUCCUGCUGGCCGGUACCGUGUGUGCUGAUCCCUUCGCCACCAAAACGACAGUAGAGGACUUCAAUCACAUAAUUGACCGAGGCAGCCUGCUUAUUUUGUUCUCCUCCGUUUCUUCCCAGGACGACUCUGCGGAGGGGAGGGAGCUGCGACCUGACGAACAUGACGACCAUCAUCAGGUGGGCGAGCAGGCAAGACACUCCCAGCGGACGCACGCAUGUGUGUGUGUGUGUGUCUGCGUGUAGGACGUCUGGAAUCACGUGAGGGAGUGGUGGCAAAGAGGGCGCGAUACGGCGGACUUCUGGAUCGACGCUGCACAAGGUACUAACGACGGUCGGUGGGUCGUGAACCGUGCAUGGAUGGGUUUGUCUGUCUGUCUGUCUGCGUGAAUGAUUGCAGGGAGUGCGGCUGAUGACGAGCACAGGCAGCUGCAGACAAACGACCAUCAGGUGAGUGAGUCGCCGGGGGGCAACAAACAAAGCACUCACUCACAGAUCAGCACCAUGCACUCAUGUCUGUCAUGUGUGUGUCUGUCUGUCUGUCUGUGUGCGUGUGUGUGUGCAGAGUGGUGGCCGCGUCGUCAUGGGUCGGGGUCGCGUCGUGGGUGGGGGCGUGUCAGGGACUGGUGGCGCCGGAGACGCGACGGAAACAACUAGGUAGGCGGGUGUGGUGAGAGCCUGGCUGGGAAGGGAGGGAGGGAGGACAGCAGUGGUGCCCUGAAUGGACGGAGUGCCAUCUGCACGCUGCAUUCAUUGAUUUGUUUGCUGGUUCCCCUGGGUGUGGUGGGUGUCUCAGGUGUGUAGCUGAGAGGUCGACGAGCCGCAACACAAGACCCCUUGUCUGCACUCGCUAGCCAGCUGCCUGUCUGAAGAUUUAUAUGUGGGUCGACGAACGGCCUUUUUUCGUCCUUCACUUUUCCUGUCUGCCUGCCCAUCCGUAGGUGAGUGAGUUGAAUAGGCAGCUGCCUCUCGUGUGGUUGUGUUGGU